AUGUCGCAAAAUCCAAGCACGGCUUCGAAUGCCACCAAAACCCAAUGUACAAAUAAUGAGUUCCCAACGGAGACCAGCCUCAAAAAGACCCUUAGCUCCAUCAAAACCUCCCGCGAAAUGCCAGAGAAGUUGAACAUCUCAUCCGGAAACGAAAGUCGUGACAGGCUUAAUCCAAAGUUUGGUAAUCCAACACCGGUUGCGAUACUAGGGCUAUGCAUUGCCCUGACGCCACUUUCGAUUGAGCUUUUGGGUUGGCGUGGAGCAUCUGGCUUUCCAGCGACAAAUGGGGCGAAUUAUUUCUUUGGUGGCUUGCUGAUGAUCUUGUCAGGAGUUGGAGAGUUCAUCCUGGGAAACACCUUUCCAAGCGUCGUCUUCUUCGCCUACGGCGCGCACUUCCUCACAUUUGCCACCACCUUUACGCCAUCAUUUGCAGUCAUCUCAUCUUACACGACUGAUGGCAGCCAAAAGCAGACGCCAGAAUUCUUGGCAUCCUUUGGUAUCGUCAAUUCAAUCUUGGAGAAUCGACUGCUGACUUUUGCAGGCUUUUAUUUCCUCUUCAUGGGUCUUCUCUCUAUGAUAUUCUUCAUCUGCUCGUUCCGGACAAACGCUGUUUUUGUUGUGGUCUUUACUGGAGCAGCCCUUGGGUUCGCACUUGCCACUGCGGGCUUGUGGAACAUCGCAGACGGCAAGCCAGCGCGAGGUCAACAACUACUCGAAGGGGCCGGAGGAUGCUGGUUUGUUGCCAGCAUAGCGGCUUGGUAUUUCUUGUUAUCUGUCAUGAUGGUUGUGGUAGAUAUGCCAUUUAAAGUCCCGGUAUUUGAUCUCAGUACCAUCAUCAAGGGGGGUACCGAGAAGAGACUGCAUUCUGUGUAG